AUGGCUACCCCUAGUGUCCUAGCUUUUGACGCUGAGGGUCGCGCCAUUGAUUUUGAGGUCUGGUUAGACGACCUGCAGCUGUUCUUACAGUGCGACAGGGCUGACGGCCUUUCUCUCUUUGACCUCACCCCUGGCGCCUCUCCUGCUCCUGCUGCUGAUGCUGAUCCCACUGUCCGCUCUCAGUGGGCCACCCGCGAUGCUGCUGCACGUCUUGCUGUGCGUCGCCACCUCCCUACCUCUGAGCGUGCGCACUUUAGUCAGUACAAGAGUGCUCAGACCUUGUACGACGCUGUAGUUGCGCGCUACUCCUCCCCUGCCACUGCUGCACUGAGCCGUCUCAUGCUUCGCUACCUCUUUCCUGACCUCUCUGCCUUUCCCACUGUCGCUGACCUCAUUACGCACCUCCGCACUAGUGACACUCGCUACCGCGCCGCCCUUCCUGCUGAGUUCUGCGCUAAGAACCCACCCCCCAUGUACAUCGCUCUCUACUACGUAGUCGCGCGCCUCCCUGACUCCCUUCGCGUCGUCAGGGACCACUUUCUCGCAGUCUGUCCCACCACCCUCACCGUCGACCUCCUCGAGAAGGCCCUCCUCGCAGCGGAGAAGAGCAUAGUCGCUGUAGGUGCUUCUCGUGGUGACCCUCGCACCCCCAUCUUUGAGGGGUGCUCUCCUUCCCCCUUGCUGCCCUCUGUUGCCUCUGCUGCUGCUGCCGACCUGCUUGGUCUUGAGUCGGUCGGCGCGGCGUCUGCCCGUAGUGGGAGACGUCGCUCCAGCAAGGGCAAGGGGGGCAAGGGCGCGGGUGGAGCUGGAGGGGGCGGUGGCGGUGGCGGCGGUGGCGGCGGAGGGAGUGGGGGUGGCGGCGGGACUAGUGGCGGGGGUGGUGGUGGUGGUGGCAGCAGCGGCGGAGACGGUGGUGGUGGUGCCAACGGUGGUGGUGGAGGCAGCGGCGGAGGUGGAGGCGGCGGAGGUGGAGGCGGUGGAGGCGGCAGCGGAGGAGGCGGUGGUGGUGGAGGAGGUGGAGCUGGUCGGGGUGGUACCCAGCAGCGUAGCGGCGGUGGUGGUGGCCAGCGCUCGCAGCGGCAGCAGCAGCAGCGCUCGCGGGACAUCCCUCCGCCUCAGCAGCUUCGUGAGUGGUACGCUGGGCGUCAGAGGGGUGGGGGUACUGGUCCCUGCACCUAUGGCUGGUGUAGCGAUCUUGAUUUUGAUGCUAUCCUUGCUGCUAUGUAUGCUGUGACUUAUAGUGAGGAGAAUGAGGGUUACCGGUGUUUCCAGCCCGACCCGGACAUUGGUACUGCUGCGCUAGGUGCUUGUGAGGCUGCUGCUCUAGGUGCCAGUGCGUCUGCGCUCUCAAGGUACUGUGGCGCGGACCUGCAGGAUGUGGGGGUUCACCAGUUCACUCCUGCGAGUCAGCGGGUGACCCACUGCACGGAGGCACGCACAGGCCGACACCUGGCCACGUUCUCGCGUCGGCCGGGGUCGAGUCUCUACACCCUGACCGUUGAGUCUCCUCCUGUCCCUGCGUCUGGUCAGGUGGCUGCGUCAGGUCAGGUGUUUGCUGCUGCGUCCCGGUCAGGACCUUCCUGUGUCCCCUGUGUCGAGGGUCGCCUCCGGGCUACUCCUCACUCCUCCCACUUCCCCCCGACAGAGGCUCCCCUGCAGACGCUUCACAUGGAUGUGUGGGGCCCAGCCCCCGUCCGUGGGCAGGGUCACGAGCGCUACUUCCUGUUGGUGGUUGACGACUACUCGCGUUACACCACAGUCCUCCCCUUGCGCAGCAAGGGUGCGGUCACUGAGACCUUCACGCUUCCGGACUCACCACAGCAAAAUGGGAUUGCUGAGCGCCGCAUUGGCAUGGUCAUGGAUGUCGCUCGUACGUCCAUGAUGCAUGCGGCUGCCCCCCAUUUUCUGUGGCCGUUUGCGGUGAGGUACGCGGCGCAUCAGCUCAACCUUCACCCCCGGGUCUCUCGGCCUGCGAUGUCCCCAGCCUUGCUGUGGACGGGGAAGGUUGGCGAUGCGUCUGUGUUCCGUGUCUGGGGAUCUCGGGCGUUUGUCCGCGACUUGUCUGCGGACAAGCUGUCCCCUCGUGCUGCUCCCUGUGUCUUCCUUGGCUUCCCCACUGACGCCCCAGGGUGGCAGUUUUACCACCCCUCCUCUCGUCGUGUUCUGUCCUCCCAGGACGUCACGUUCGACGAGUCAGUCCCCUUCUACCGUCUCUUCCCCUACCGCACUCCUUCCCUCCCCCCUCCCCCGGACUUCCUUGUGCCGACGCCGUUGACCCGGUCGAGGUUACUAGGUGACUCUGGUGCUGCUGCGGGUGCUGAGCUUGGGGGUGCUGACUCUGGGGGUGCUGUGCGCGGGGGUGCUGAGCCUGGGGGUGCUACUGAUGGGGGUGCUGGGCCUGAGGGUGCUACUGCGGAGGGUGCGGAGCCUGGGGGUGCUGAGCCGGGGGGUGCUGUGCCUGGAGGUGCUGGGUCUGGGGGUGCUGGGUCGGGAGCUGCUGAGCCUGGGGGUGCUGAGCUGGGAGCUGCUGAGCCUGGGGGUGCUGCGUCUGGAGCUGCUGAGCCUGGGGUUUCUCCUGCUGCUGCGUCUCGCCGGGAGCCCCUCUCUCCACAGGAGCUGCGCGAGUGGUUCGCUCGCCGCUGGAGGCGUGCUGCUGAGUCUGGAGGUGCUGCUGGAGCUGGAGCUGGAGCUUCUUCGACCCUGGAGCUGCUGAGGGCGUUGGUGCUGAGCCUACUGCUGUUGGUCCUGCCGCUGGAGGUGUGGGUGGCGCUGGUGCUGUCGCUGAGGGUGCUGGUGCUGUCCCUGCUGAGUCUGGAGCUGCCGCUGCGGCCUCGGCCGUACUUCGUUCCGCUCCUGCAGCAGGUUCUUGGUCUUUCUCCUCCAGUAGAGGGUCCACCGCCUGUCCAGUCGCAGUCCCUGCUGGAGCCUUCCUCUCCACUGCCUGCUCCCUCUCCUUACACUGGUCCUACUGGAGGUCUUGCUGAGCGUCGUGAGCCUGCGUCUCGUCCCGCGUCGCCUGUUCGUGCUGCUCGCGCUAGUGGUCGCAGUUCGCGUCAGCGUCCUCCUCCUGUCCCUGGCACGCACCGGAUGUCUUUGCGUCCGUCCACUGCUCCUCUGCGUGCCCCUUUGCCUUCUCCUCUGAGUCCUCUCUUCCUGCGCUUGCCGACCUCGCUGAGCUUCGUCGACUUUGCUGCUCGCUGUCGUCUCGACUACGCUGCUAGUCUUGUUGCUGAGUCUGCGUCUGUCUGUCCUCCGUCCGUCGGGGGUGAGUGUGCUCUUGGCACGGACGUCCUAGAGGACAGGCAGGAGGAGUUACAGUGUCUAGCGGCUGCUUCACCUCAUCUCGCGUCUGCAGCUAUGGAUGCAGAGAUGGCUUCCUGGAAGUCCACAGGCACCUACGUUGACGCGGUUCCCCCUCCUGGGGCGAACAUCGUCAGUGGCAUGUGGAUCUUCAGGGUGAAGCGGCCGCCGGGCUCUCCACCUGUCUUCAAGGCACGGUACGUUGCUCGUGGCUUCAGUCAGCGGCAGGGAGUUGACUACUUUCAGACCUUCUCUCCCACCCCGAAGAUGACCACUCUUCGGGUGCUGCUGCACAUAGCCGCUCAGCGCGACUACGAGCUUCACUCUCUCGACUUCAGCACUGCGUUCUUGCAGGGUAGCCUGCACGAGGAGAUCUGGCUUCGCCGUCCACCUGGCUUCACUGGGACUUUCCCUCCUGGCACCCAGUGGAGCCUCCGACGGCCAGUCUACGGUCUCCGCCAGGCACCGCGUGAACCAGAGCACAUGGCUGCAGCUAAGAGGGUAUUGCGCUACCUGUGCAGUACGUCGGGCAUGGGGCUAGUGCUUGGAGGGCGGAGUCCAGUGGUCCUUACCGGCCACGCGGACGCUUCUUGGGCUGACGACCAGGCUACGCAGCGGUCGUCACAGGGUUACACCUUCAGCCUUGGUUCCGGCUCUGUCUCGUGGCGGUCUACUCGCUCGUCUUCGGUUCUCGGCUCCAGUUGUGAGGCUGAGAUCUACGCCGGGGCCAUGGCUGCACAGGAGCUUCGCUGGCUCACCUUACCUGACUGA